GUUUUUCAGGGGAGUGAUCAUGACUAGUUUGUGUCUGACACUUGGCCUAUGUCACUGUAUGAGAAAUGAGUGGUCAUGUAAAGAAUAUGUAUCCUCAGCUGUCCAUAUCACAAGCAGCAAGAACAUUGCUCUCCCUGUUACUGGUGGCUGCCAUUGAUUCAGUGAAUGCUGGAAUAGCAUGUAGGAACCAACAGUGUGAGAGUCACAUACAAAGAAGUUCCAAGCUAACCAGACUCAUACAUAUGGAAUCUGUGGACCUCUUAAAAAUAUAUGCCAGUCAAGGAGACAUGUCAGAGCUGUUCUGCCAGAUGCCAAUCAACAUCGUUCCUGACCCAAACAUCUCUGGCCUGGACCCCUCAGAGCGGAUGCUGAGCAUCUACUCCCACUGUAAGGCUUUCCUACCACACCUGAAGAGAGUCACUGAGCAACAGAGGGACUUACAGCCACCCUCCAGCCACCUGCUAAACAACCUCACCACUGCCCAGUACCGCACUAGUGGUCUGGCCAACCAAAUAAACUGCAUUUACCAAACCCUCUUUCCAAACCUGCCCAUCCCACUUGAACCUGUAGACGGACCGACGUCAAUACACCCCUCUCAAAACGUGUUCCAACAGAAGGUCUAUGGUUGUGUGGUUCUGAAGAAUUUCAAGGAGCUCCUGUCACAGAUCAGACAUGAACUAAGGAUCUUAAUGAACCAAAUGUGCAAAAGUAGGACAUUUGCAUACACAAAUGCACUGUUCUGAGGCCAACUUUCUAUUUCUAUUCCUAUUAUAUUUUAUUUAUUAUUUAUUUGUACACGUGUUCAGAAGUUAUUGCUGCCACUGAAAAAAAACUGUCCGCACAAAUGUUCGACUUUGAAUAACUUAAAUACAUUUUGUUUGUGUUGAGAAUGAAUUAACUUAACUUGUGUGUUAAAAUUGCCCUGCGGUAUUCUUGUAGACUACUGUGAGAUUUUAAAAUGAAUGUCUUUUGUCAAUUCUGAGUCACUUUGAUAGUUUUGUCCAUUUUAAGUUUUGUGAGCAAAUUAAAAAGAAGUAUUCUUGCAGCCUGUGCUCAAGUGAAGUCUGUGACAUUAACCUUAGACUGCAGAACUUCAACACAGUGGUCCCAACAUGAGAUAUGCCAGGAAGCAAUUGAGACAGUCUGUGAUCUCAUCUCACAGUGACACGUCUUGAAGACAGCACAGCAUCUGAUAGGAAAGAUUUUGUGAAAGUGGCGGGCUUCUGUCUGGCCAGUCACAAGAGGUGGGUGUGUAUGAAUGUCUGAUGCUGUGCACAUAAUUGCAUAUUGAUUUUUGUUUUUGUGUAUAACUGUACUCAGUGCACAGGUGCAAACUUAGUACAGAUGUAGGAUCUUAACAUUUGAGGUAGUUUGAUACAACAGGGGUUGAAACAAAUUCUCAGCAACAAAAGAGCGAUCAAAUUAAGAUCCAACAUCUGUAUAUGUUCACUCAACUUUUGUGUAUUUUGCCGCAGCCUGUGCUCAAGUGAAGUCUGUGACGUUAACCUUAGACUGCAGAACUUCAACACAGUGGUCCCAACAUGAGAUAUGCCAGGAAGCAAUUGAGACACAGUCUGUGAUCUCAUCUCACAGUGACACGUCUUGAAGACAGCACAGCAUCUGAUAGGAAAGAUUUUGUGAAAGUGGCGGGCUUCUGUCUGGCCAGUCACAAGGUGUGGGUGUGUAUGGGUCAGAUUAUGUGGGUGUUCUGGGGCGAUGCGUCCACAUAGAUGUAAUGGUUCUCUUCAUCAGUCCCUAUAAGACAGACCUGUAGUUUCAUGAUUUUACAUUCUAUAUAAAAGUAAUUAUCAAUA